CAGAAACCAGAAGAUCUGUGCUGGACCAGUGGUCAGGGAAAGCUACAUAUCCAGGUCUGGAGAACAAACUCCCGGAUGCUGCACAAGUUUUCACUGGCUCAUCUUUGUCUAAGAAGUGUACAAAAUGGAAUUAGUUCCAGGGAGGACCCUGCCAAAAAUCCUUUAACGUCCACCUGAAAAGUUGUAUAUAAGGCGACUGCUGAGAGGUCCCUGCAACAGAGUCCUCUGCAAGACAAUGGUGGAGACAAUGGGGAGACGUUGGUUCCUCGUCCUUCUGUGUAACAUGGUCAUCCACGUCCACAGCGCGCCACUGCAGCUGUCGGCUCCAAAGGGCUUCAAUAUACAAGGUCCUCCUCCUAAAUCUGGUCCUCCUCCAGAAGUUGUUUUCAGCACCAAAAAAAGAAUGAAUAAAGCAAGCAAUGUGACCCUGCGCUUUGGUGACAUUGCAGUGAAGGACGGACGCAGCGCCAUUGAUUGCACCACCGCGGACUGUUUGUGGCCUAAAGCGAAAGACGGUUGGGUCUCGAUACCCUACACACUGGAUUCUCAGUAUACGAGCAAUGAAAAACAACUCAUCUUACAGUCCAUGUUGGAAUUCUCUUCAUUGACCUGCGUCCGCUUUGUGCCACGUACUGCCGAAGCCAAUUACCUGAAUAUUAUCGCCGAUGUUGGCUUAGGAUGUUGGUCAUAUUUGGGCCGCUCAGGAGGACUCCAGGAAGUGUCUCUGGACAGGUCCCAAUGCCUGAUACGUGGCGUCAUACAGCACGAACUCAACCACGCCAUCGGCUUCGUACACGAGCACAGCAGGAGCGACCGCGACAAUUACGUCAAGAUCCUGUGGCAAAAUAUUGUUACCGGAUACAGUGACAGCUUUGCUAAAGUGGACACCAACAAUCUGGGUCUGGAAUACGACUACAAGUCUGUGAUGCAUUAUGAUAAUUUUGCCUUUGCCAAAAGCUAUUACCAACCGACCAUACAGACCAUUCCCGACAGCAAAGUGGUUAUCGGACAGAGACUCGGACUGAGCAACCUGGAUGUGGCAAAAAUUAAGAAACUUUACAACUGCAAUGUUUGCUCCUCCGUAAUCCCCGGUGAUUCGGGUGAACUCGUCUCCCCAUCUUACCCUUCGAAUUACCCAAAUAACUACAACUGCUCCUGGCUCAUUCGGACCCCAAAUAGUCAGGUUUUUCUGGAGUUUAAGGCGUUUGAUGUUCAAUCUUCUGCGAACUGCUCUUCGGAUUAUAUUAGGGUCUACGAUGGCCCCAGCCGGUCCUCGCCUCUGUUGCUGGACAGGACAUGUGGAUCGGGGAAGAUGCCCUCCCUGGUGGCCUCUGGCACGGUCAUGCUGGUGGAUUUUGUCACUGACAGUUCUGUCACAGCAACCGGCUUCAAGGCAUCUUUCAGCAAAGUGACAUGUGGAGGAACAUAUACUACACCCACCGGGACCUUCACUACUCCUGGGUACGGUCCAGGCAGCUUGUACCCCCCAUUCAGUGACUGCACCUGGACAAUCCUGGCCCCAACGGGUUACAAAGUAAAUGUGGCUUUUUCCACGUUUGGCUUGGAGCCCAGUCCCACGUGCGCCUACGAUUUUCUGGAGAUCAGAGAUGGGAUGUUGUCCACUUCACCCCUUAUGGGCAAUACCCACUGUGGCACUAGCGCCAUCCCGCCUGUUGUGUCCACCCAGAACGCCAUACUCCUGCAUUUCAUAAGUGACGACUAUGUCCAGAGCGCUGGAUUCCUGGUGAAAUACUCCUUUGUUCCAGCAUAAUGAACGGAUGAGAAAAGUAUUAGAAGACGAGGACUGUAUAGAAACUGAUAUCCUGAUCAGCAUCAUUAUUAUGAUUAUUACUAUUAUUAUUAUUACUGAUUUAUUUAAAGGGACAGUGUUACAAUUAAUGAACAUUUUGUUAUAGUUUAUGCUGUAGAUCUGUCUUUACUGAUUA